AGGAAGCUGAGGCAGGAGUACUACCAAGAGUUUGAGGUCAGCCUGGGCUAUAUCAUGAAUGCAAGGCAAGCUAUUGUACAUAGGGAGAUCCUGUCUCAUGGGGAAAAAAAUGAGGAAAUUCUUAAAUAUUUGCUUCAUGUAACUUUCUGGCAGAACUAAGCUUGCUUCACAAAAAUAUUGGCUUUCUUUAAUUAACUUGGCCACUAUAGUUCUUAGUUCAAGUUUACUGUACAGACUGGAUUUGCUUCUCUCUUAUUGUCUUGUUUUAAGUUUAUAUGUUUUGUAACUGUCAAAGUUCUAAUGUUUUAGAAUACUGACUACAAAAUAGGCAGGAUUAGACUUCACAGUAGACUCUAGACAAACUCACUGAGGCAUAUUCUUUGUAAAUCUCUGGGGGACUUCCAGGAAAAUGGUGGAGAGAUGAGCAGCAGAGAAAAAAAUCUCUCUGAGAUUUGGUGUCCUGGCACAGGAAUAUAGGAGUGUGAGAAGGAGGAGAAGGAGGGAAGUGGGUCCCCAUGACCCAGGAAGGCUCUGAGAAUUGAAGUCCACAGGGAGAGUAAAGAGAGAGACUUCAACAAAGAGGAGAGAGGUAGCAAGAAACGUUUUCUCCCAGAGCCCAUACUCAUGGUGUGGGAAUGGGGGGUUUAACCUGCUGAUUCACAGUGAUUACUGGUGACCCCAGAAGCCUCCACAGAGAACACACCAGUGGAAUGGAGCCAUGAAUACAGUGGACUACAGUGGCUGGUGAGUUAUUUGGGCCCAGAUGUCACCCAGGAGAGGGCAAUUGGCUAGUAGCCAUCUUGUAGAGGAGCCAACUGAGCUGAGAACUCAAAACAGCUACAGGCUGACUCUAUCUAGUGGCACCUGGUAUCUCGGUGAGAGUGCUGAGUUCAAGUCAGCAGGAAGUCAGGGAGCAGAGUUCAAGGCAGCACGGAGCUGAGUUCAAGCUGCCAGGAGGCACACAGACUGUUGCAGGCUCAGCAAAUCCAGUUCCAGCCUCAUAGCCAGAAACUAGCCUAAACUUCAGAGGAACUAAAGGUACAGGCUGACUGGAAUUAUCCACUACUCCACCAUAAAGCUGGCUUGCUGGGAUUAAUCCAUUUGGAUCUGGACCCUGUCUGCCCACAUUGUCUACCAGUAACAACAGAGACACUCCUUGAAUUGGACUUUUUUUUCCUUUCUUUUUUUCUCUUUUCUGGUUUUUGUUCUUGUUUUAUUUUGUUUUUUCUUGAUUGUCUGAACACAGUUUCUAGUUUGUUGUUGUUGCUUGUUGUUUUUUAUUUCUUCCUUUCUCUUUCCCUCCUGUCUUCUUCUCCACUUUCUCAAAGUUUGUAUGGUCUUCCUUUUGUCCUCCAAAGGGACAAAUCUCUCCUAAUCUCUUCCUCUUCUUCUAUUUCUCUAUUUUCCCCUCAAUCCCUCUUCAGUCUUCCCCCCUAAGGGUAAAAUCACCAUAUUAAGGGCUUUUUUUUUUUGGUACUGGGGAUUGAACUUGGUACCUUGCACUUGUGAGGCAGGCAGCAGCACCACUGAGCUAAAAUCCCCACCCCAAAGGCUUUUUUUAUUGCAUACAAUUUUCUGGUUUGUUUUAGAUUUUGUUUUAUAAUCACAAAUCUAACUCAUAUGGUCAAAGGUGGCAAAUUAAUAGUUACCACAGUUUAUCAUUUUCUAUGCUGUGUUUGAUGCUAUUGCUAUUGCUGAUUGUACUACUUUAGCCAAGGUAACAUAAUCGUGCUAAACAGUUGUUCUUCCUGGUGUACCAAGACUGAGAUUGCCUAAGGGUCAUAAAUCUCUGAUAUUGCUCAGAUUUGGCAAGAGGGAUUAUGCCACUGUUACAUCCAGGGUUAAUUCUCCCUCCUCCAGGGGACAUUCAGUAAUGGAUGGAGCCAUUUUUGGUUGUCACAAAUAGAGGGAUAGAGAAAGGCUUCUGGGCAUCUAGUGGAUAAAAACCAAGAAUGCUGUUACACAUGCUACUGUGCAUGGCACAACCUCCCACGUAAAGAAUUAUCAGGGGCUGGGGAUUUAGCUCAGUGGUGCCUAUGCCUGCCUCACAAGCACAAGGUCCUGAGCUCCAUCCCUGGUACCAAAAAAAAAAAAAGGUCCAAAAGAUCAAUGAGGUAAGAAACUGUAAUACACCCCUCCAUGGCCCCAAGUUUUCUGUAGCAAAGGAGCUAUUUAGACCACAAGAAGAACUCAAAGCCCCUGAAAACUUCCCUUCUCAUGAACCCAGUUUGCUAAUGAAGCAGUCCCCUUAGGCACCUCUCAACCCAAUUAAAGGAUCAGAGAAGAGCUGUUGACAGGUUUAGUGUGGAUCGAGUAUACACCCUCUUCCAGAAACAGGUCGAUGCCAUGGGAAACUGGAGACACAUAAUCCUGUAAGUAAGCCUUCACCCUUCUUCCAGGACCUGCCCCAACCAGCCUUUCCAGGACUGAAAUAACACAGGGGCCCCACCUCCAUGUCACCUGUGCCCGGGACCUAGGGUGUCAGGUUCCCCAAGCAAUUCCUCCUCCACCCAAGGGAAAGCAAACUCCAUAGGCACCAAGGACCUGCAGGAGUUGGCCUCCACUUGGUCCUAGUCCCUUCCCCUCAAAGAGCUCUCACCCUUACCCUAGCCCUGGGGAAUGGAGCCCUAAAUGAAACCAGCUCUGGUUUCAACAAUCUGACUUUGACCGGAGUUGGGAAACUGGGAUCAGCUUCAAAGACUGGAGCCAAGAACAGACAUAGAAGAGGGCAGGAUGAAAAACAAUAAAUGAGUUUGCACUGGAAGAAAAGAGUGAAUUCAAAUCUAAGGUCCUUUUUCCCUGUGGCUUCCAAUGGCCUUGCUCUUUCCCUAAUGGUCCUUCAUCAUGGCUUUAAUACCGAUCACUGCAGUCUGAUUCAUGGAAGCAUAAGAGAGGGGAACGAGACAGUGACAAAGAGAAAUGGGAAGAGACACUGGUGGAGAAGGAUCUACCAGGGUGAGAGACAAAGACCCAGAGACAUGGGGGGGAGGGAGAGGGAAUGAGAGAAACAGAGACAGAGAGAGACAAAAAGGUUCAGCUAAAGAGACAGCAGUGUAGAGAGCUACAUACAGAAUUUCAGAGACAAACUAUAAGAGAUAGAGAACUAAGCUAUGAAAAAAUAGGCCUCCAGAAAUGAGAAAAUUGCAAGGAGGGAAAAGGUUUGCUCAAGGUCUCAUGACCAGUCAGAGGCAGAAACAGCUUUAACCCAGAGAAAUAGAAACAAGUGCCCAGAACAUCAAAGGGAGUAAGUCCAUUCCUCAUCACCACACACACACACACACACACACACACACACACACACACACCAGCCAGGCCCAGAGGAAAAGCCUUUGACCACUGACCACAGUGGGGAUAGCUGAGGCUGAGAUCAGCCUGCAGGCUGGAGGGCUUUGGGCCAACCAAAAAGGCUUCCUGAGGUGUGACCCCACUAUCUGGCCCCAUCCCAGCUGGCUGUGAGCAGAGGGUUUGCACAAAAGGAAUGGUAGAAAGGUGGGAGAAGGCUGCAUUCACUGGAAGAACAAAGGAAGGGGGUGGAGUGACAGAGGAGGGGUGUGGAAAGAGACAAUUUUUAAGAGCAGCUGCCAUCCCCCAAACACACUCAGAGCUCCAGGACAUAUUUCAGCUGCCCCAAAUUGCCUUCAGCAUGGACAGUAUGAGCACAGCCAUCUUACUCCUGCUCCUGGCUCUGGUCUGUCUGUUCCUGACCCUCUGCUCAAGGGGGAAGGGCCAGCUGCCUCCAGGGCCGAGACCCCUCCCACUCCUGGGAAACCUGCUUCAGCUUCGCUCCCAAGACUUGCUGACUUCACUCACUAAGCUGAGCAAGGAGUAUGGCUUGGUGUACACAGUGUACCUGGGGCUCAGGAGGGUGGUGGUCCUCAGUGGGUAUCAAGCUGUGAAGGAGGCACUUGUGGACCAGCGAGAAGAAUUCAGUGGCCGUGGUGAAUGCCCUGUGUUUUUCAACUUUACUAAGGGUGAGGGCAUCGCUUUCUCCAAUGAAGAACAAUGGAAGGUCCUGAGAAGGUUCUCGGUCCAGAUUCUCCGGAACUUCGGGAUAGGAAACAGGAGCAUUGAGGAGCAGAUCCUGGAGGAAGGCAGGUUCCUGCUGGAGGAGCUGCGGAAAACUGAAGGCAAUCCCUUCAAUCCGUUUAUGCUGAGCCACUCGGUGUCCAACAUUAUAUGUUUGGUGGUCUUCGGCAGCCGCUUCCACUAUGAUGAUGAGAGGCUGCUUACCAUUAUCCAGCUAAUGAACGACAACUUCCAAAUCAUGAGCAUGCUCUGGGGCGAGCUGCACAACAUCUUCCCGAGCCUCCUGGACUGGAUGCCGGGGCCACACCGACGCAUAUUCCAGAACUUUGGGCGGAUGAAAGAGCUCAUCGCUCUCAGCGUCUGCGAACACCAGCCCUCCCUAGACCCCAAUUCUCCCUGGGACUUCGUCGACUACUUCCUCACCAACAUGGCACAGCUAACCUCUGACCUGUUAAGCCACUUCCACAUGGAUACCUUGCUGAUGACCACACACAACCUGCUCUUUGGCGGCACCGAGACAGUGGGCACCACGCUGCGCCACGCCUUCCUCAUACUCAUGAAGUACCCCAAAGUGCAAGGUCACCUCCCCCCUCCACCCCGGCUGCCGUCGCUGGAAGACCGCGCGGCCAUGCCUUACACUGAUGCGGUGAUCCAUGAGGUGCAGUGCUUCGCAGAUGUUAUCCCCAUGAACUUACUGCACCGCGUCACUCGGGAGAUGGCCUUCCGCGGCUUCCUGCUACCCAAGGGCACGGAUGUCAUCACCCUGCUCAAGCACUAUGACCCCAGCCAGUUCCCAAAGCCCCAAGAGUUCAACCCCCAGCAUUUUCUGGAUACCAAUCAGUCCUUCAAGAAGAGCCCUGCCUUCAUGCCCUUCUCAGCUGGGCACCGACUGUGCCUGGGCGAGCCCCUGGCGCGAAAGGAGCUCUUCCUCUUCUUCACCGCCAUCCUGCAGAACUUCACACUGCAGCCGCUGGUGGCGCCCGAGGACAUCGACCUGACCCCGCUCAGCAGCGGUCUGGGCAGUUUGCCACGGCCCUCUGAGAUGUGCUUGAGCGUGCGCUGACGCCCGGCCCUUCAGGAUUGGCCUGUGAGCGGCCAGGCCGGCCGGCGCGCCGGGUCGGGUCGUUGGGGCCUCAUCCGCCUCGCUGUCAGUCUCUUCCCUGCACCUGGGCCUGCCCCGUGCCCGUCCUUCAUCCCUCCUCUCUGAAUCCCACCUGCACGCGGAGGAAAACGGGAAUGGGAAGGGUGUCUUAUUCCAACAGAACUUGAUCUUUGAUGCCCUUUUUUCUCUUUGUAUCAUUUUCUAGCAAAUUAUGUUUGUACGAUCCAAACCUGUCUGGGCUGAUGAAUUAAUGAAGGAGGACAGUCUCGGGUGGGGAGAGAGAAGCCUGGCUGCAGAGAGGAGAGACACCUGUGACUAAUGGUACCAUCACCUUCAGGGCGGCCACAGUACCAGACAGGGUUUCUUGGUUUCCUGGAGAAUGGAGGCGAAAAGACGGCAGCCCGGAGAGACCAAACGGGCGUCCGUGAGAGAUGUAAGCAAGAUUGUGAGGGCCUGAGAAAAGAUUAGGCGUACAUGGUGCUUCCUAUUCAUUUAAUUCUCCCCUCCUUGUGAGGCAAAGCAGUUAUUUUUAUCACAUGUUUACAGAUGAAUAAACUGAGCCUCAGACAGGUGAGAUGACUUGUCCACGAUCACACAGCAGAGAUGGGCAGAGCCUGGAUCUCAGCAGUCCGGCCCCAGGCACUGGGCUUGGGACCACCACCCUUCAAUCUCUCAAGUCAGAGACAGAGGAAGAUAC